AUGACGGACAACAAGAGUUCUUUCCAUCCGGCUCUUGCGAUUUCCAAUAUACGGAACCAUAUCUCCAUCACUCUUGAAAUAGAGAAUGUCCAAUACUCUACAUGGGCGGAGUUUUUUAAAAUUAAUGCACGUUCUCAUAAGGUCCUUCAUCAUAUUAUUUCUCCUGCCAACGGCAAAGAGAAGGUACAUGCGUUUGAGGAUGAAAAGGAAUUAUGGUCGACUCUUGAUGCUACGGUUCUUUCCUGGCUUUAUGCAACCAUCUCCAAUGACUUGUUGCAUACAAUUAUUGAACCCGAUGCCCCAGCCAUGGAUGCUUGGAAUAGGUUGAGAGAUAUUUUCCAAGACAACAGACAUUCCCGUGUGGUAACUCUUGAGGCCGAAUUCUCCAAUACUAAGAUGGAGAAUUUUCCAAAUGCUUCGGCAUAUUGUCAACAUCUCAAGUCCCAUGUUAAUCAGUUGAAAAAUGUUGGAGCACCGGUGUCGGAGAGCCGCCUCGUCAUUCAACUUGUUUCGGGUCUCACAAGUGCAUAUCGAGGUGUAGGGACGUUAAUUCGGCAGAGUGCUCAUCUACCUCCGUUUUAUUUGGUUCGGUCAAUGCUCACACUUGAGGAAGCUAGAUCAGCAAUGGUGGCUGCCUUACAAUCCGUUUAUGACUCAAAUUCCUCACAUUCGGACCAACAACACCGUGGGAAGCCGUCUAGAUAUCACAAUAAUUAA